AUGGUAGUACAGCAUCAACAAAGGCAACAAUACCAGGAUCCUAUCGAUUUGGUCAGGGUGUCGGUUCUCGACACACCCGAUAUGGUGCACAUGGGAUUUCAUUUGACAGAGCACAUCGCAUCCGAUCUCUUUGCGGUUGUUCCAGUUACCAAUUACGUGGUGAUUACUGAUACCCACCUUGCUGAAUUACAUUUGCCAACGCUUGUUGAGAGCUUGCAAGCCCAAUUACCAGCGUCAAGCCGGUUGCUAGUGCAUGUACUGCCACCAGGGGAACAAACCAAAACACGAGAGGCAAAAACAGGCAUUGAAGAUUUCUUGCUUGAUAAUGCAUGUACAAGAGACACAUGCUUGAUUGCGCUUGGGGGUGGUGUUGUGGGUGAUCUUGUCGGAUUUGUCGCCGCCACAUUUAUGCGUGGUAUCCCAAUUAUACAAGUGCCUACCACUUUACUUGCCAUGGUGGAUUCAAGUAUUGGCGGAAAAACAGCUGUGGACACACCUCAUGGCAAAAAUCUCAUCGGCUCAUUCUGGCAACCUAAACGUAUCUAUAUGGACCUUGCAUUGUUGCAUACCCUUCCCGAUCGUGAAUUGGCAAAUGGGAUGGCAGAAGUCAUCAAGACAGCAGCCAUAUGGAGUCAAUCCGACUUUGAAAAUCUUGAGCAUGCAAGCGCCGAUAUCAAAGCUGCAAUUGCCGCAAUCGGACAACAGCCGAUAACAGCAAAAGAUGAUGAAGGAUUACGAUUACGCGAUUUAUUGAUGCAUACGAUCUUGGCAGCUGUGCGUGUCAAAGCUGAAGUUGUUAGCAAUGAUGAGCGUGAGAGUGGAUUACGUGGGUUGCUUAAUUAUGGACAUACGGUGGGCCAUGCGUUCGAAAUGCUAUUGACACCUGGUUGGCUACAUGGUGAAUGCGUUGCAGUGGGCAUGCUCGUUGAAGCAGAAAUUGCAUGUGCUUUAGGCCAUUGCCAUCCUUCUGUUGUUGAUCGAUUACAAGCAUGCUUAAAGAAACAUGGAUUGCCAACCCAAUUGACAGAGCCCCUUUUAUUGGAAGAUGUGAUGCGUAUCAUGAAAGUUGACAAGAAGAACAAAGGCACCCAUAAACGCAUGGUCAUUCUCAGCAACAUUGGCACCACUUUGGAACAACGAGCAACCUUAGUAUCAGAUGCCGCCAUACAAGAUGUUCUUCGUCAGUAUAUGUCUUUUCAUCCUUCUUCAUAUCCCGGGUCCCGGGCCAUCCCUCAACAACAGCACAAAGGCGCAGCUGAGUCUUCUUUAACAACAAUGAAAUCGGGACCCUGUAUCAUUUUAUGUGGCGAGCCUAUGGAAUGGAUUCGAGAUACAUUCGUUCCCGCUUUUAUUGCAUCAUCUGGUGGCAAUUAUAGCAUUCAUCACCAGCAGCAUACACCAAUUGGUACAAGUAAUCAUCUUAUGGUGCUUGAUGAUAUACGUGAUGUUGACAAGGCAUUACUUCAGCAAAGCAAGGACACCAGCAACAACAACAACGCCACGAUGGUCGUGGUAAGGUUUACAUAUGAAGGUGGCAGUACAACGCUUGAUCCCAGUAUGGCAUGGUACGAGUAUGUGCUUGUGAAGGAAGACAACGAUGCAUCUCUACGUGGUGCACUUGACUUUUUGCAGGGGUUAGCAGAGAUGCGCCCACGCCACCGCGCCUCAUCUUUGUCGCCAUGCUCAAGACCGUCGUACUUUGUGACACCCACUAUUCCAAACUAUGCAUCGGUGUCCUCACAACAAGUCAAUCAUUGGCUACAGCAAGCUGAUGCAGUGGAGAUGCGUGCUGAUUUACUUGAUGGCCCUGAAACACUGAGUCAUAUUGGCAAGCAGUUGGCAUUGCUACGUCAACGUACUCAAAAGCCUAUCAUUUUUACGAUCCGUACACAACCUCAAGGUGGGAAAUUUGAUGCAUCGAAUACAACUCUUUACGCACAAUGGAUUACAUGGGCCCAUCGUUGGGGUUGUGAGUAUGUGGAUAUUGAGUUUACCGCCUUGCCAGCACCUCAGCUAGAGCGAAUUUUAUUGUUGAAUGGUACUUGUCAAACGGUACAGUGUAUCUUGUCCUUCCACGAUCUCGAUCACAGCUAUCCAUGGUCUGGACCUAGGAUGAUCGACUUGUACGAGCGUGCGUGCGCAUUGUCCAACACCUACUUACAGCAUGAUCCCGCCAUUAUCAAACUUGUUGGGGUUGCUCACUCAACUUGGGAUAAUCUUGAGCUUGACAUGUUCCGCCGCCGUAUCGAUCCAACCAUGAAUAAGAAGCUUAUCCUCAUUAAUAUGGGUCAACAGGGUCGCAUUUCACGUGUCAAGAACACUUUUCUUACUCCAGCAACGCAUCCAGCAUUGCCUCAUGCAGCAGCACCCGGUCAACUUUCUAUCAUUGAUAUUCAAGACUUGCGAUCACGGCUUGGACUUUUUGCAUAA